CUCGCUUUUCUGGACUUUCAAUCUGUCUUUGCUGAAACAGCUUCUUUCCAACAAUUCUCAUCACAAACCAAUGGGUAAAACUCAUAGAAGAAAAAUCACCUCACCUCCUCUCUAAAAAAAAAAAAAAUCAACUGAGGGGCAAAAAAUCAUGAGGCUGAGUAUCACUCAGUGGAAAUUUAGUUCUGCCUUUCAUUUUUGAGACUCAUAGGGGAUUAUAGACCAGAAAACGCCAACUUUUCACCCAACUUUCCCUUCCACCAGAAUCACUUCAGUAGAGACACAGAGAACAUACUUCAUGUACUCUCAAGAUGAGUGAACCGGAGGUCACUUACUCAACUGUGAGAAUUCAUAAGCCUUCAGGGCUGCAGAAACUAGUGCGGCAUGAGAAGACUCAACGGCCCAGAGAAGCUGGCUACAGAAAGUGUUCAGUACCCUGGCAGCUCACUGUGAGAGCUCUUGGAAUCCUCUGUUUCCUUCUUCUGGUAACCGUUGCAGUGUUGGCAGUAAGGGUUUUUCAGAAGAGUGAAAAAAAAUGUGAAUGCCAUGAAACUCCAAACCACCACCAUAACUCCACGAAUAUGACAAGUGACAUCGACUUAAAGGAAGAAAUGUUGAGAAAUAAGUAUAUAGAUUGUAGUUCAGGCAAUGAACUUCUGGAAUCCCUCAGUAGACAACAGGACAAAUGGUACAAAGAAACCAAGACAGUUUUAGAUUCCUCACAGCACACAGGCAGAGGUGUUAAAUACUGGUUCUGCUAUGGUAUUAAAUGUUAUUAUGUCAUCAAGAACAAAAAUACAUGGAAUGGAUGUAAACAGAACUGCCAGCAUUACAGCUUACCCUUUCUGAAGAUAGAUGAUGAAGAUGAACUGAAAUUCCUUCAACACCAGGUUAUUCCAGACAGUUACUGGAUUGGAUUGUCAUAUGAUAAGAAAAAAAAUGAAUGGGCAUGGAUUGACAAUGGCUCAUCUCAACUUGAUGUGAAAAUAAGGAAAAUGAACUUUAAGCCUGGAGGAUGUGUAUUUUUAUCUAAAGCAAGACUAGAAGAUACAAACUGUACACACUUCUACUACUGUAUUUGUGGGAAGAGACUGGAUAGAUUCCCUGAUUUAUGUUCCAAGUAGAGUGAACGAACAUAGUCUUCUGUGAAGAGAAACAAAGCUGCAAGAGCAAUGGGAAUGUUGUUUGGAAUCUAACUUGACAGAACAAAGGCCAGCUUCCUUCCAGUUGGAGACAGCACAUAUCUGCUCUGAUGAAUGGAAACCCUUUUGCCCACAGCCUUGAGAAUUGUACUUUUUCUGCUCGUUCAAACUCCCAUAGAACUAAAUAAA